CCUACAAGAGAACUCCCACAAAGCGCGGUGUAAAUUGGAGGAGGAUCUACCGGGGUUCGGGGGGAGGGGGCGGCCAAAAUUCACGGGAAGUUGCAACUGCGCCACUGGAGGUAGUAUCCUCUCUGGACGUGUGUUUCAGUUCAUCCUUUUCAGAUGUUAGUGAAAAAUGAAAAGUGUCAUCGGUGCCUUGAUUGUGUCCCCACUGUGGUUUUUGAUCCGGGUGGAUGUGACGGACGCCGAAAACAUCGGCAAACCAUUCGUAUUUGACAGCGCCAGAUAUUCUGAACCGCUGAGGAAUCCAUUGCACCGCAACUUUUCAACUUUCAUGCUGGCACACAACCAAACACAAGGAAAUCCAAGAACAGUCGAUGCCGGCGAUGACGUCAAAACACGAUCGAUUAAUACUCGGAGUUUGCCGGAAAGUCAAGUGGCCCAGGAUCGCUUCAAUCCCUCGACGUUCGCUCAUCUGAAACACCUGAAAGCAGCCGCACACAACGCCAUCGCUCAGGCCUUACCCCACGAGCCAAGCCCUGAAAGCUUCUUCGCCUCCGGUCAGUUCCAAGUGGACGAUUCAAUCGGUGCUGAUUCCGGCAACAUUUACCUCAACGACCCAUCGGAUGGCCAGUUCGUCAACGUUGGCGCAUCGGGACAGCAGUUCGUCGACAACGGCUUUUCGAGUCAAUCAGACGCGACAUACGCUCAAUUCGACGGUGGAGCCUCGAGCAAUCAGCAAUCAGCUUUAAUCAGCAGUAAUUUUAUCGACGAUCAGUAUGAUUCCCUACAAGAGCCCUCUCAGUUGAACUCCUCGCGGCUCCCAUUGGCCGAUGACUACCCCCCUCCUCGUCCCGGUAGCUCCUACUUGCCCCCACCCCCGGACCCCGCACCCUUAUACCACACUGCGGACCAGUACUUUCCCCCUUAUAUCCCUCCAUCUACAGACUACGUGCCGCCACCACCAUCCCCCAGCGGAAACGGAUCCGUUCCCCCUAAGACAUAUCUGCCCCCAUCCCCCACCUCUAAGCCCGUCGUCGCACCCGCGGGGUAUGCGUAUCCGGUCCCCAUAGCGCUCAAACCAGCACCCUCCACUGCUGCCCCCCUAUAUUUGCCGCCAAAACAGGUUGCUUACGUUUACAAUCCUCCAAAACAGGAAGGAUACUCAUACAACCCUCCACAUCCCUCGCCCCUCCCGGGACCAGCUUAUCUUUACCUCCCUCCUCCUCAGCCGCAGCCACGACCUCCUCCUCCACCGCCCCCUCCCCUCCUCCCUCCAGCCCCUCCACCCACGCCAGCGGACGAGGAAGAGGAUGAAAGAGAGGCUCAGUACUAUUACUAUGGAGUCGGGCGUCAUUUAUGGUACGUGCCUCUGUAUUUCAGCAUUUAUUUCAUUAUCUACGUGGGCUACUUGAUCCUGAGGUCCAUUGCGAGGCACAAAGUCCAACUCCCGGCCAUGUUGCAUGAGGCGGCCGCGGCUAGUGCACGUUUCGAACAGGACGAGUUUUUGGUGAAAAUAUUUCAGAGCCUGUCGGGGGAAAAAUUUAAGUUUCGUCCGAAUAAACAAUAAAACAUCA